GCAGCUGAAAUUGCAGCGAAUGUUUCCAGAAACUGAUGGCUGAGGGUGGCUGAGCAUAAAGACGCAAUACUUUAAAGAAUUUCAUUUGUAGAAAAGUAAAUCUCGAAAACCAUGCAAGUUUUCCUUUCACUCAAUGUGUUACUCUAAUGCAUACAACAUAUUACAACAUUGACAAAAUGCAAAAAGGCCAAUGGCUUUGAAAACAGGAAAAGCGCCGUGUUAUUUUGUUUAAGCCUCACAAACAAACACUGUCUUUGUAGCGACAGAACAAAUAUGCCCUUUUCCUCGAGUAAUUUUCCUUAUAUUUGCAUUGUUGCACGCAGGUUGAGCCACCUCUACACCUUCUUUGUGGAAUGGUCACCAGAAAACCACCUAACUGGCAGAAAGAAGAGCUACACCCGGAAAGAGCAGCAGGACAGCUGUCGUCCUGCAGCGGACAACGUCUUUGCUGUCAUCAGUAAACUCUUCAGGGACCCCGUCAACAAGCUCAAAACCGCAAAACUCUGGAAGGUACGAUUUAAUCUAGGUUCGGUGUACUUCUCCAAAAUCCUCAUGCGUUUCUUGAGAAAACCUGACCUCCCCUCCCUUUUACUGUAACUUGAAGAAGCCUGGAGCCUGGGUGUUGUUCCUGGCAUUGUGGGAAAUGCCUCAUUCCUUAUAUGGACAUCCCAUGUAUUCCCUCUCUCCAAAUCCCAGAAGCAGGCGUAGCCUUCCCGUCAGGACUAAAAUCAACGAGCAUUUGCUGAACACACCAGGGAGCUUGAGUUCCCCACUAAUGAAAGUGAAAGGGUCCCAUUUUUUUAAAGAAAUUGUUGACAGGUGCUUUUAGAAGGCAUACAGCACAUGCGGAGCGACAGAGUUCAGGAUAACACAGAGGAAUAAAGAGUUAUCAGGAAAAGGAAGGGAAAUAUGUGCAUGCUUUACGCUGUCAGUGACUGUGUGGAGCUGCAUGUGGAAGUGAGAUUAACUUUAUUUGCUCAAGGGAGUGGGAAUCAUUACGAAACAGACUUUGCACAGUUCGCUUCAAAGACAUAGAGAUGACAUUUCAAAAGCAAAAUGAGCGCAUACAAGAACAGACACAAGUAAGAAGGAAAAAAGAAAAAGAAAAAGAAGUUACAUUUAUUUUUUAGCAACUUGUUGCAUCCUUCUGCAUCCCCGUCGCAGAUCAUCACAGCGGUGGGAUCAAAGCGCAGCUUGAGUUUGUGCAGCUCGGUGCGGCCCGAGCUGGAGAGCGAUGAGGCCCUGGAGCCUGAACACACACUGCCUGUCCUGAAACGCCACAGCCAGCUGCUGGGUGGAUGAAUGUCACCUGCUCAAGGUAAACCCAGUGCUCCUGUUAGAGAGGCGGGCCCCCAGUGAGACGUCCAAGGGUGUUAUCUUGUCAGGAACUGACGGUUUCCCCACAGCUUGCUUCUCACAUGCCCCCAAAGACCCAGGGGGUAUCCAUGGCAACUGGUGCACAGCACCACCAUCCACGGGACAAGCCUGCAGACGCUCUACAGGAACACGGCUAACCUGGACAGCCCCGUCCUGCUGCUCGUCAAAGACAUGUUCAAAAAGGUGUUUGGGGCCUUUUGUUCAGAUCCGUUCAGAGUCAGUAAAUAUUUCUACGACGCAGGAGAGACCUUCUUGUUCAGCUUCGGUCCUGAUUUCCAGGUGGGAGGUUUUGGGGGGGUUUUAUUUUCAGAGACGUCUCUGAAUGUAGCAUUAGUAAUGAUUAAAGUUCACACUAAACAUAAAUAUAUGAGGCUAAUCCUACUAAUUGGAUUGACACAUAGAUUCUUUUAUCGAUGUAAGCCAAAGGUUGAAGAAGGACAUAACAAAAACAGUUCAAAGCUAAAAAUGUUAAUAUCUUUUAUUUGUGUUUUCUUCAGCAAUACAGGUGGAGCGGAGAGAACUCCUACUUUGGGCGGAUUUGCCCUCUGGUUGGACGCAGAUUUGUACCGUGGUGGGAGCAUCUCCUGUCCCACCGUCCACAACGCUCCUCUGUCCACGCACGAGGACUUCACUGUUCUGGACGUUGAAGUUUGGACCGUGCACAGCUGAAUUGCAACGUCAAGCAAACGAGGUUUCUUCUCUGAGGCUGCGACGCCUCGAAACCCAACCAGAGUGGAGCAUCAGCUCUCUCCACUGCACCUGCAUGAGAGCAUCCCACAUGCUGCACAACGUCUAUGAGACAGGUUCUGCAGACUGGUUCUGCGAGUUUUGCAUUCUGGUCGGUUGAAAUGCGACUCCUGGAGACAAGAGGGAACACGAAGAGCUCAUUGUGAAGCUGGUGAAGGAGCCGUUAAAAGCUUUGUCCUGCCAGCUUUGAUUGUGUCGAGAUGUCUUGUGAAAAAGUCUUUCAGUGUUUUAUAUUCCUUUUUACUUUAUGGGAAUGACUUCAUUACUCGUAGGUUUAAAAUACACUUACAGGGGGAACAGUUGCCCGUAUUUGCUUGUGUUCGUAAGUGAAAUAAAUUAUUUUAUGGUGCAGACACUGUAAUAGGAGAAGACCUUAAUCUAUGCAUCUUAAGCAACUGCAGAGGCUGGGGAACCAGAAAAAAAAAAAAACACACACACGCAAUCAAACUGUAAUGAUAAGAGCCUGAGGCAUUUAUGAGAAAACAAAACUUACGAGUUAACGGCCACUGCUCUUCUCUUAAAUGCUCUUUGUUCAUGCAAGGAUUCCUUUAAGGGAAAUAUGUAUUUUGCACAUUUUUGCGAUGUUUUAAUAUUUAAAUAUAUGAAUAUAUCAAUUUUUUUUAAAUGCUCUUAAGCACGCAAGUUCUUUUGAGUGUGUUUCUGGUUGGUUUUACUUGAAUGUUUGCAUGUCUGAUGAGGUGGUGCUCACACUGUCACUGUUAAAUUUUAAAUAAAUGAAACAUCUUCUAUUUACUGUUAAGGCUAAGUGAAUCAUUGGCUUUUUUUUUUUACCAUCAUACCUCAACUAAAAC